AUGUCGCUGCAAGACCUCCCCACCGAGUUGGUACUGAAUAUCUUCCGCCAUUGUACUUCUAUCUCCUCCGCGAUCAACCUAUCCCUGACCUGUCGGCGCUACUAUCAUCUCCUCCGAACCUCCCAGAAAAUCCCCGUCCUGUUCGCCAUCGCUGAGCGCGUUUGGGGGCCGCUCGAAGACAUUCACCAGCUGUUGACAUACAAUUCCGCCCAACCAGUUCAUACCAAGCGAAUGCCGGUCUUGUCAUUCGCACUCCUCGUUCAAGUUUCACGAAUCGGUCGCGUGGCCACCUGGUACGAAGAGAUGUAUCCACAGCUCCGAUGGGAUGGCGAACGAGCCCACCUUCGCCGAAGUCUGACUCCAGCCGAGGCGUAUGCACUACGCCGCGCCAUCUAUCGAAUCUGGCUUUAUAGCGUUGCUUUUCACAACUCUUCUGCCAGUCGUACAAUGCGUCUGAACCCGUCGGUCGUCUCUGAGCGCUGUCAGUUGCUCCGCACAUGGUCUUCUCCGGAGCUCCUAGAGAUGGAGGACGUCCGCGGGAUCCUGGAGACCAUGGCUUCAGAUUUCUGCCCGACUGAUGGUGAAGUCUACUGGCGCCGAGGAAGCGAGCCUCUAAGCAAGUAUUCGGUCGGCUCUCGCGCUGAGACCCUGGAUUCAAGCCUGUUCCACGAUUUUCGGGCCGAAACGAUGCUACAGGCAGCGCGCAUGAAGCCAGUAUCAGAGUAUCGGGAGCAGAUGAUGGAAGGCUGGGGUGAUGAGAUUGAGCAGUACCACGUUCUCAACGACGUUCUUAAGCUGACACCAGUCCAUGUCAUGCAGCUCUACGAGACCGCUUUGACGAAGCAGGAUGUGCAGCGCUUUAUCGAGGAGAAGGUGGGCGCACAGUGGUUCUGGAAUAAUGGCGAGUCGAUGCUACACACAUGGAUCUUGGUGAUGCAUGGCAGGGGGAUUCACGUGCAGGAGAUGCGGGAGAAGGUGUUGUACGGGAUGGCCGGCGUCGCGGUGGACGCGGAGCUGAACGCUAGAAUUGUUGAUUAG